UCAUGUGAUACUCUUUGCGUUUUGGAUUUAAUUUAGGGGUAAAAUUAUUAUUUAGUUUAUCAAAAUGGGGGAGGCGCAAUUUGGCGUGCGUCACGUUAUAGGGGCGCCUGUUGCUACUACCAGAUUUGCGGAGCAGGCGAUAGUUUGCUUGCCGCCUAGGAGCGCGAAGUUCACGCUUGCGGAGUGGCGGCUGAGCAACGACCAGCGAUGCAGGAACUCGGAGGACCAGCAACAGCUGGCAGACAGGGUCAUCGGAGAAUGCAAGCGCAUCCGGGACGAGACCGAUGAGCGAUCGGACAUCAUGAAGGCAACUUCCGACCACCGCAUCGAGGAGCGCAUCGGUAACAUCGCCUUCAACAAGAACGAGCUCGAAAUACAAAGAAAGGAAAUCUGUCUCGAGCUAGAAGCCCUUAACAUGUACAAGGUGAGACUACAAGAUUGCCUGGCUUCGUUACAGGCCAACGCGUUGACUAUUUGUCGGAAAUGCCUUAUGCUCAGAGACGGGCGACUUGGCAUCGAUUUGGUGGUCGAUGAAGUGGAACACGCUUUACAGCAAGAGGUCAAUACCAUUCUUGGAGGUCAGAGUCUGCUGACCAGAGUGCUUGAGCAGUUGAACGAGCAGAUGCGACGUCUACGCUCCACAAGAUACCUCCUCGACCGCGACCUGCAAUACAAGCAAGCAGCCAUCGACAUAGACAAGGGCAAUCUCUCACUCAAACACACUGACCUCUGCCUUUCCAUCUACGAGGGUUACGCAAACCUGGAUCCGGCGAAUAUAUCUGCUGAUGAAUAUAACGCGUACUCGGCGAAGAAUAUCCAAUUGGCUGCAAGAGAAGUGACCUCUGCGCGACCGAUUCGUAUAUACGUGGACACUUUGCUGAAGCAGGUCAUAGAUGACCUUUGGGCCGCGUACAGGAAAUGCAACCACGAGUUCCAAGAACGCAUUGAAGAUACAAAACGAGCGAAGGCGAAGCUUGAGGAUAUGCAUCGGGAAACAACUCAAAAGAUUGCUGACAUGCAGAACAACAUACUGAUGUUGCAGAAGGCUUUAGCUGAUAAAGAGGGUCAUGUGGCCUUAGCUCAUACGAGGCUCGGAAGACGAGCUCAAAGGGUAGGAGCUGAAUUAGUCCGGGAUCCUGGUGGUCAGGCGUUGUUUUACGAGUGCGAGAUGCUGCGAUACAGCACUGAGCAAUUGCAGCAAAUGCUUCACGAGGCUACUUCUUCACUGCGCUAUCUCUUGCAAACCCAGAUUCAACUGGAGGAAGACAUCAACGUCAAGAUGAAUACGUUGAAGAUUGAUGAGGUAGACUGCAUGACUCUGCGGGAGACCAUGGACUAUCAUGCGUAUUAGAUAUUCAAAAGAGU